CGCGUGCCCUCAACGGCGCGGAGGACGUUAGCCCUUCGGCGUGGUGGUUUCCUUAGAGACGGAGUUGGCCCAGGUGGCGGCCACCAGGACACCAGCACGGUGAGACUCCCGCAGAAGUCAAGAUGCCGGCGAAGGACAAGAGGAAAGACAAGAGGAAAGGCAAAAACAAAGGCAAAGAACCAAAGAAAAUAGUCAAAUCAGAUGAACCUGCAAUUGAACGAGCCAAAGCCAAUGCCUCUCUUUGGGAGGCCAGAUUGGAAGUCACAGAACUCUCUAGGAUUGAAUAUCGUGAUACUUCCCGAAGACUGGCAAAAAACAAUGAAGACUUAAAGAAACAACAAUAUAACAUGGAAAAAGACAUUAUGUCUAUAUUAAGCUACUUGAAGAAGCAGGAUCAGGAGAAAGAUAAUAUGAUAGAAAAACUGAAACAGCAGUUGGCUAAAACAAAGGAAAAAGCCCAGGAAGAGAAGGAAAAAUUGGAACAAAAGUAUGCUCUGCAAGUGAGUGAGUUGGAGGGUCAGUUUCAUCAAAAAGCCAAGGAAAUCGGCAUGAUUCAGACAGAGCUAAAGACAAUAAAGCUCUUCCAGAAGAGAAAAAUACAAGUGGAGAAAGAAUUAGAUGAUCUGAAAGAAAAUUUAAGGAACUCAGAGAAGAACUAUCAGGAGACUCUCAGAAGACUAGAAAGCAGAUUUUUUGAAGAAAAGCACCGUUUGGAGCAAGAGGCUGAGAAGAGGAUCAUAAUGCUAGCAGAGAGAGCCCACCAUGAAGCUGUAGUGCAGUUGAACACUGCUGGAAGAAAUGUUUUCAAAGAGAAUGUUUAUCUUCACAAGGCGCUUGCAUACCACUUGAAGGAAGCUGAAAUUCUCCAGCAAACCUCCAAGAAGAUGGAAGAAAACCAUUCCUGCCUUUUACAACAAAAGGAAAUCAAUGAUCUGUUGGUUAAGGAAAAGAUUAUGCAACUCACCCAGCAGAAAUCACAAAUCCAAACUCUCCAGAAGAAGGUGGUAAGCUUGGAGAACGCUCUGGCCUACAUGACCACAGAGUUUGAGGCUGAAGUGUUGAAACUGCAGCAAAAGGCAAUCAUAGAGAACCAAGCAGGCUUGGUAGAGAUUGACAAGCUGCAACAACUUCUUCAGAUGAAGGACAAGGAGAUGAACCGAGUGAAGAGGCUGGCUAAGAACAUACUGGAUGAGAGGACAGAAGUGGAACAGUUCUUUCUAGAUGCUCUCUACGAAGUGAAGCAACAGAUUCUGGACAGCAGGAAGCAUUAUAAGCAGAUAGCACAAGCUGCUUUCAAUUUAAAAAUGAGAGCAGCAUGUGCGGGAAAAACAGAAUAUCCCAGAAUCAGGACCUUUGAUGGCAAAGAACAAAGUACCAAUAGUGUGAACCAGGAUCUCUUGGAGGCUGAAAAAUGGCCAACUACUCAAAAAAAUGUGGAUAUUAGAGAUUUGACCUGGGAGCAGAAGGAAAAGGUCUUAAGAUUGCUCUUUGCAAAAAUGAAUGGUUUUGCUGCUAGGAAAUACAGUCAGAGUUCUAAGCCUCCUGUUCCAGACCAUAUUAUUUAUGGCAGCGGAGAAAUGAAAGAAACUGGGGAUGAAAAUAACCUUCUAGAUCAAACCUUUAUCACCCAGCAAGCGCCAGUAUCAGACUCCAAUAGAAUGGUGUCACCUGGUGUUAUUCCUCAAGGAUUACAGGACUCUGACAUAUGAGGCAUCAUCAAGCCUUCAUAGGGCCAAGAGGUCCUAUUCUUAAGCUCUGCCCACAAUGGAAGAGACCUUCUUCCUGGCUGUCUGCUGAAGACAGACUUCUCCUGGCUGCCUUUGGACCAAGAUGUAGAAAUCUCCUCUACCAGUACCAUGUCUGCCUACAGACUGCAGACAUGAUGAUAAUGAAUAGAAACCUCUGAAACUAUAAGCCACCCUGUACUGGCUGGUUUUGUGUGUCAACUUGACACAGGCUGGAAUUAUCGCAGAGAAAGGAGCUUCAGUUGGGGAAGUGCUUCCAUGAGAUCCAGCUGUGAGGAAUUUUCUCAACUAGUGAUCAAGGGGGAGGGCCCCUUGUGGGUGAUGCCAUCCCUGGACUGGUAGUCUUGGGUUUUAUAAGAGAGCAGGCUGAGCAAGCCAGGUGAAGCAAGCCAGUAAAGAACAUCCCUCCAUGGCCUCUGCAUUAGCUCCUACUUCCUGGCCUGCUUGAGUUCCAGUCCUGACUUCCUUUGAUGAUGAACAGCAGUAUGGAAGUGUAAGGUGAAUAAACCCUUUCCUCCCUAACUUGCUUCUUGGUCAUGAUGUUUGUGCAGGAAUAGAAACCCUGACUAAGACACAUCCCCAAUUAAAUAUUGUCCCUUCUAAGAGCUGCCUUGGUCAUGGUGUUUCUUCACAGCAAUGAAACCCUAACUAAGCACAAAGUCUACCACUGAGCUCUACAUCCUGCUCCCAUUUUCCUCCAAGGAAGAACAGAGCUGAGGGAGAACUCGGAUGAGGCGAAGGGUCCUGACCAAUGUCCUUCCACAUUGUAGAGUUAGUGAGGACAGCUGAACAAGGCUCUGAAGAGGUGACCAACAUACCCUAGGAAACAGGCUAGGAGACUAUCCAAAUUUCUUACCAGGUUCUCUUUAAUGAGCUGCUGAUAACGAAGCAAGACCUGCUGCCGGCUUAAAAUAGAUGUGUCUGCCCACGCAGGGAAAGCACGUUUGCAGGAUUCAACGGCUGCAUCCAUCUCAGCUUUGGUGGACUGAGGAACCCUACCAACAACCUCAUUGGUGGCCUGAAAAGAAGCCAACACACUUUACCAAUGCCUCACUUCCACAGCAGCAACAUUGUGCUUUUUGGGUGAGCUCCGAGCCCCCACUUUGCCCCUUGCUCCCAAAAAUUCUAGGUUAGCAGGUUUAAGUCCCCCCAAAGUUUUGCUUACUGGGUUGUGGAUGUCAAUCCAUUUGUCACUUUUGGAUUCAACAAAUUUUCCAUCAAUGAAGAGCUUUACAGUUGGCUAGAGAAAAACAUAUAUACACAGAGGCAAAGAAAGAAAAAAAGAAAAAGAAAAAAAAAAGAACUUAAGUUAAUUAUUUUGCUUCUCUUUCUCUUGUAAAGAAAGAGUUCCGGUGGAUACUUGGAUCUAAUUGCUGAGCUUUCUCUCUAGCCCCUUUCCCACCAAAAAUUUAAACUUCCAGUAGCAAUGGAAGUGCAUAUACCUUAUGACACGGCUAGUAAAUCGAAAUAAUCUAAAAGAAUUUUAAAACUGCAUAAAAACACUUAUUUCACAAUACUGAAAAAACUGAAGCACACUAAAAGUUAUUUGAGAAAGCUUAAAUUAUCUACACCUGAUGGAAUAUUAUGCAGCCAUUAAAAAUUAUAAAGAACAUUUGCAACACAGAAACUGUUUAAAACAUAAUAGAUAUAGUUUCUGAUAAGAAAACCAAGAUAAGAUGUUUUCUGGGCAUCGUGGCAUGUAGAGGACUGAAAAGGACUUGUGCACACAGACAAGCACUGGAAAAGCCAGGAAUGCUAAACACACAGCUUACCUCUCAACGGAAUGAGGUGUGUAGCUGCUCUUCCUGGAAUGCCAGGAAUGCUGGAGCAUUACAACCUGGGGGUCCUUUGGUGUCUGAUGAGACAGGUUCUGCCUGUGUCUCCCAGAAUUCACUCUUUAACUUAUCCUACACCCUUUCCUCCUAAAUCUUGAGCAUUGCUUUUAAGCCAUAAAGCCCACUCUUCUGAGU